AAAGGGGAACGCCGGGAGCCUCCCUCCGGCCCCUCGCUCGGCGCACGCAGCCCCGCGGAGCAGCUGUCUUUCCGGACGCCAGCCGCCGAGCGGACGCACGCAGUUUGCGCCCGAGGCCACUGAGGAUCUCCGAGGAUCGGGGACAGCUACCCCUUUAGGCUGCAGAGCCUCCGCCGAGCACGACUCGCCGCCAGAAUGCUUCUCCUGCUGCUGGGUAUCAUCGUCCUCCACGCCGCCGUGCUCGUGCUGCUGUUCGUCUCCACGAUCGUCAGCCAAUGGGUGGUGAGCAACGGACACGCGACCGACCUCUGGCAAAACUGUAGCACCUCUUCACUGGGCAACGUCCAGCACUGUUUCACGUCGUCAGCGAACGAAUGGCUGCAGUCUGUCCAGGCCACCAUGAUCCUGUCCAUCAUCUUCAGCGUUCUGUCCCUGUUCCUGUUCUUCUGCCAGCUCUUCACCCUCACCAAGGGGGGCCGGUUUUACAUCACCGGAGUCUUCCAGAUCCUCGCUGGUAAGUCGGAGAUGACCGAGUCCAUGAGGGGGCUGGGUACCCCCAGACUGCAGGAUGAUCAGUCAGAAGGGCGUGGCUCCAGAAUGACUGGCGUGCAGGAGUCCUCCCCGUGGAUGGAUUUCAUACAGCACAGGUGUGUGUGUGUGUGUGUGUGUGUGUGUGUGUGUGAAUCUGGGAACUCUCCACUUCUCCAUGGAACGGGGUGCAUAGGAAACAGGACUAGGGGUUCUGGAAGGAGGGUCCCUAACCUGGGACAGAGCUACAGUUUGGACAUAUCAUCAGAGGUAAAUGCUGAGGAUGUCGGUAGAGCACAGGAUAGUCUUGAGGGUGGAUUUCUGUAGCUCACAUCAUGCCCCGGUACCAUCCCUGCUUCGGCAUGGAAAUGGCCCCGACCUGCUGCCAAGGUUGCUCUCAGGUACCUGUCGCCUACCUCUAAGCAGUGAUGGAGCCACCUGACAAAUUCUUACUCUCCUUUACUCUGGCCCCUGGAGUCCACCAGCCUCCGACUUACCGGUGUCUUCCUUUCGGCAUGUGUAACACACCAUCGGUUCCAGGUUAUGGACAGGCACCAUGCGCAGAGUCCUAGACGUGACGCCUUCCAGCUCUUGCCUCUGGAUUCUGGCCAUUGUCUCACUUUGUUUCCUUUUAUCCUUCUGUCCAUUGCUGGCCGGUUGACUGAGUCAGCAGAGCACUGGAGAGACAUAAGAAGCAGAUGCGGUGGAUUCUACAGUGC